AGUGCGCUGAGAUUACUUGGGACAUCUUAAAGAAGAUCUGUGAAAGACGCUGAUGUGCGGAAACAGUGCUGAAUUUGUGGUUAGGUUGCGGUAGUUCAGCCCCCGAAAGCUAGUAGUACCCUGUGGUAAAUAUUUUGUACGUGUUUUAUAAUCUGCCGCAGUAAAUGACGAGUUACGGAAUGGGCCCAAGGACUGUAUCGAAAACCCCUAUAACAACUGGGACAUCAGUUAUAGGAGUGAAAUUUGACAGCGGAGUUGUAAUCGCAGCGGAUAUGCUUGGUUCCUACGGAUCCUUAGCAAGAUUUAGAAAUAUUUCAAGGAUUAUGAAGGUCAACAAAAAUAUAAUCUUAGGAGCUGGAGGGGAUUAUGCAGAUUAUCAGUAUCUGUGUGAUGUCAUUGCUCAGAAGAUAAUUGAUGAGGAUUGUUUAGAUGAUGGCAACCAUUUGAAACCUAAAUCGCUGCACUGCUGGCUAACAAGGGUGCUCUACAAUAGGCGCUCCAAGUUUGAUCCUUUGUGGACGUCAUUUAUUGUGGGAGGUCUACAAGAUGGAGAACCGUUCCUUGGAGCUGUAGACAAGUUAGGAACUGCAUAUGUUGAUCGGCAUAUUGCAACGGGAUUUGGAAUGCAUAUUGCUCUUCCUAUGUUGAGAGAUGCACUUGAGAAGAAAGAGACACUAACAAAAGAUGAAGCUGUUCAGUUAAUUAAAAAAUGUAUGGAAGUGCUUUUCUAUCGUGAUGCUCGUUCAUUUCCAAAGUAUGAGAUGGGAGUUAUCACAGCCGAUGGUGUGGAGGUUAUAGGACCUGUUGAUGUUAAAGGCAACUGGGAAGUGGCACAUAUGAUAAGGGGCUAUGAGUGAUAACUGUAUGCUGUUCUCCUGAGGCCAUUCUUCAUUUGGUUGUUAAGUGGUAAACUAAAAUGAUUUUUUUUGUCAAACUUUCAAUAAAGUGUUUUUUCCAA